AGCACGGACUACACCCAAGGCGCUGUCUCUGUCGGUUCACAGCGGCUUUUCUUUCUCGGUCCGCCUCAGAAACAGCCGAUUUGGAAACCGCUUUGCAGCGCACGCUUUUACACCUGUAGCACUUUUCAACUUUAAUUCCGUCUAAAGAGUAUUUAGGAAUCCUGUGUGUUGUUUAGAAAUCGCAGUAAAACAUGUCUUGGCAGAGCUACGUGGAUAACCUGAUGGCGGACGGCAGCUGCCAGGAUUCCGCCAUUGUCGGCUACUCGGACGCCAAAUACGUGUGGGCAUCUUCAGAAGGUGGCACUUUCAGCGGGAUUACGGCCGACGAAAUCGACAUCAUGGUGGGCAAAGACCGCGAGGCCUUCUUCACCAACGGGCUGACCCUAGGCAAAAAGAAGUGCUCUGUAAUCAGAGACAGCCUGCAGGUCGAUGGAGACUGGACUAUGGACAUCAGGACGAAGAGUCAAGGAGGCGAGCCGACGUACAACGUUUCCGUAGGCAGAGCUGGCAAAGUAUUGGUUUUAGUCAUGGGAAAAGAAGGUACCCAUGGAGGACAGCUCAACAAGAAAGCAUUUAGCAUGGCUGAGUACCUGAGGAAAGUUGGAUACUGAAGCAGCCCCCCUUUCCAUCCAUCCAUCCAUCCAUCCACCCACACAGCAACUCACUGUAACAUCCCAUCAUCCCUUUCUCCCUCCCCCUUUUGUCUUCACAGCACUACAAAUACCUAACGGAUGCAUCGUCGUGUACCCCGUCCCUCUUUAAUUUUCCAUCCUGUUUUUUUUUUCGUGUGCACCCUCCCCUCAUCCCCUCUUUUUAUUUAGCGAUUCCUCACAGUGCCACAAAACAAGCAUGUUCAUUUUACGAAGGCUUAAAAACGCAGUACUGUACAUAUAGCGUUCACCGAUUGGACGUUUCAAAUUUGCAUCACGGAGCGUCACUGUCCAGUUUUCCCGAGGCGCUCGUCUAGCGGGUCCGUCGGCGCCUCUCGAGUGCUCCAAGCCUUGCUGAGCUGUCGGUCUUCCCUAGUGAAUUUAAUUUUCCAGCAUGGCCAGGAGGGUUAAAGUGCAUGCAUAUCUUUUUUUAGCUCGAUAUCAUUAUAAAUCCCACCAAAUACCUAACUACCAUACACCAUGAAAAUGAGACCCAGUUACGAAGCUGAACCACACUACAUGAAGUUCGCCCAUGUCUGUAUACACGUGAGCCAAUGUUUUAAUCCAACGCCCAGCGCUUUUUUGCUGUUGUAUUCGGAUGUGGUGUUGUAAGUCCUUGAUGUAAUGUUGGUUUAUUACUUUUCUUUUUUUUCUUUUUUUUUCCUUGAAUGUGUUGGCAGGUCAUUUACAACAAGGUUUAUAAAAUCACUUCUGGACUCUUAAGGACAUUCCACCGCUAAUAUAGCAACUUAUUUGCCAGUUCUAGUGAUUUUUGUAUUUUUAAAGCACUACCCUCCCAUAACUGGUUUUGUGUCCAGUCAUUUAUCUCCGGUAGGACCAAUUCUUUUUUUUUUUGUUUGUUUUGCUUUUUGGAGGAUUAACAGAAAUCACUGAAGGAUUGACUGCUAGCUUUAUCUGUUGACCCUAGAACACUAAAUGAAACACUUCAAUACGCAGCGUAACACUAACCUCUAAUUCAUUAUAACGGCAUGAAUGUCUAAGGGGUGGGGAAUUAUGGGAACUACCUGAAUUGUGUGUUUGUUUGUUUUUUUUCUUUCCUUCCGAGUGUCUCGAAUAGAUGAAAUGGCAGUCUUAUUGUUAACUUUAUAUAUUUAACCCCUUUUGUCUCUGUUAAUCCUGUUAAUAAUUUCAAGCAACAAAUCAUUUGUGCUCUAUUCAACUGCAAUGUAUUAACUGUCCGCACGGUACAAAUAUUUCAUUAAAUAGGCAAAAAAGAAGCAGCCGGACACUGAUGUAAACUGUGUACACUAAAUUUUCUGGUUAAUGGUGGUAUUAGUUAAAGAAGAAGAAAAAAAAAAGAGACCACUAGUCUGUUGUAUUGUAAACUUUAAUCAUAAAGGAAAAAAGCAGUGUAUCCUGUGCCAUAAUGUAGAUCUGAUCUGUUGCUACUGUGAGAUGGAUUUGAAAAGAAAAGAAAAAAAACAGAGAGAAAACAAACCCCUCCGCCUUGUAAGGAGUCGAUUCUUGAAUGGCACCUUCAUUGGGAUAUCGGGCAUCAAAUUUCUAAACUCUCCAGGGCUUGUGGAAUAUGUACAGAUUAAAGUGAAACAUGUCAACGACUCGCGUUCAUUUUGCUCCUUUCUUUCAUUUCUCCUGUUUUCUGACUAUGAGAAUCCUGACCAGCUUAAUACACGCACACACACACACACACACACACACCUCGAUUUGCGUGGAAAAUGCCAUGAAUUUAACCACCUUGUUUACAGACAGAUCAAAUAAAUCUAUUCCAACCAGAA